AUGUCUCUCUCCAAGAAGCUGGCCAUCACCGAUGUGGAUCUGAAGGACAAGCGCGUCUUCAUCCGCGUCGACUUCAACGUUCCCAUGGACGGCAAGACCAUCACCAACCCUCAACGUAUCGUCGCUGCUCUGCCCACCAUCAAGUACGCCAUCGAAAAGCGUGAGUGCUCAUCUUCCAAGGUCGUGGCUUGACAGGCUGCUAGUGCUAGCAUGCUAACGGCUAUGCCCCUCACCCCGCGACAGAGGCAAAGGCCAUCAUUCUGGCAUCUCACUUGGGUAGACCAGAUGGUAAGGUCACUCCCAAGUUCUCCCUCGCUCCCGUAGCAGACAAAGUCUCCGAAUUGCUGGGCAAGCCAGUCGAGUUCCUGCACGACUCGGUGGGUGAGCAUGUGGAAGCGGCCGUCUCGAAGCUUUCCGGCGGACAAAUUGUUCUCCUCGAGAAUCUGCGAUUCCACAUCGAAGAGGAGGGCAAGGGUGUCAACGAGGCUGGAGAAAAAGUCAAGGCGGAUGCUGAGCAGGUCAAAGCUUUCAGAUCCGGUCUGACCAAGCUGGCAGAUGUUUACAUCAACGAUGCCUUCGGCACUGCUCAUCGCGCGCACUCCUCCAUGGUGGGCGUGGAUCUGCCCACCCGAGCAAGCGGUUUUUUGAUGAAGAAGGAGCUCGAAUUCUUUGCUAAAGCUCUGGAGAGCCCCGAGAGACCAUUCCUGGCCAUUCUUGGUGGUGCAAAGGUGUCCGACAAGAUUCAGUUGAUUGAAAACAUGCUAGACAAGGUCAACAAGCUCAUCAUCUGCGGAGGAAUGGCGUUCACAUUCAAAAAAACCUUGGACAAUGUCAAGAUUGGCAAUUCUCUGUUCGACGAGCCAGGCUCUCAAAAGGUGGCUGGCCUGGUGGAAAAGGCAAGGAAGAACAAUGUGGAGUUGGUCUUCCCUGUGGAUUACGUUACUGCCGACAAGUUCGACAAGGACGCUCAGGUGGGUGCUGCUACGGACGAAGAAGGUAUUCCAGACGGAUGGAUGGGUCUCGAUGCUGGACCCAAGAGCCAGCAGCUGUUCAAGGACGCCAUCAAGAGCGCAAAGACAAUUCUGUGGAACGGACCCGUGAGUUGAGCUCGCAGAGUUUGGGGGGACUUUUUGAACCAGGCUGACCUUCCCCUCUCAUGCUCUUCAACCGCGUAGGCGGGUGUGUUCGAAUUCCCCAACUUUGCAAAGGGAUCCAAAGCCAUGCUUGACGCUUGCUUGGAAGCUGAAAAGUCUGGUGCGACCGUCAUUGUCGGUGGUGGAGACACGUGGGUAUCAAUGUCUGGGUCGCUCGGUGGCAGGUAACAGGCUUGGAGUGGCGCGCACGAAGGUUACGCCUGUGCUGACCUUCUGUGCAACAACACCUUCCUCCUCAGAGCUACCGUUGUUGCGAACUACAAGGCCGAGGAAGGCAUCAGCCACGUCAGCACUGGCGGUGGUGCUUCUCUGUGAGUAUGGCACUCUCCAUCCCUUUCAAGAGCCGCCGUCUGCUUUGCUCACGAGGCUUUUGCACGCCCUCAUCACAGCGAGCUGCUCGAGGGCAAGGACCUGCCUGGUGUUUCCAACCUUGCUGAAAAGUGA